AUGGAAAAAGUUAUUGAUCGUAUUAUCGUGUGGCAUUUCUUAUCGAACAAAGAUUACAUAAUCAAGACAUUUAUGUUAUUAUUCAUGAGAUUAUUUAUCGUUAUCGAUUGUCUGAUGGAAUUAUGUUACAAAAAUAUUAGCAUGAUAAAGAUGUUUAUGUUAUUACUCAAAGUAGUAGUAAUUAUUGAACAACAAUUCGAAUUUAUUCUAUGUAAUUAUUUUGAUACUGCACAUUUGACAUAUUCGCUCUUGUAUUGA